AUGAGAAGUUCAAAUAAUUCUGCAAGCAGGGAAGAGGAUCCUAGUGUCAGGCGGGACAGAAUCCUACGACAGAAUGAGAAUUUCCAUAGAUUGGUAUACGAAGAAUGGAGAGAACCCAAAAGAGAGGCGUAUUCAAAUGUUAAAUGCGAGACAAGUGAAUAUCCCAGGCUGUGGGAGUUACAAGAUCAAAGGGACUCUGACCCAGAAUAUAUUACUAAGCAGUGUCAAAGUAUCGCCUUCAUAGGAUUAGAUAGUUCACUAACAAAACUUGACGAGAUCAUUCUGCAUGUAAUUCAAAAAGUUUCCGAAGAAAGAGAUGCUGUGUUACCGUUUUUAACUUACAGUGAUAUGUACCCCUUUAUUCUCAACGAAGAUGACUAUCCAAUCGGGUUGAAAAUACGUCAGCCUGGUAGGUUAUUGAGACCUGUCCUAGUCGAGGGAUGUUCUGCUUCAUUCUCAUUGGAUUCUUCCUACAAGCCUUGUUUCCUUCAUGAUUUGAAAAUGUAUGAUUCAACGAGAAAACUGUGUGUUCGUCGACUACUACAAGUUGUUAUGCACUUUACCCUUCGAGGACACAUGGUCAAAGUCCUACUGCCUACAUACUAUGAGGAGCCUUACUUCAAAAAACUAAAACAAGCUCCUAUGGUUGAUGAUGUUGCUAUGUAUGAGAGCUUGAAAAAUCUCGGACUGAUAGAGUUUGUUACUUUAGAGGAGUCGAGUUCCGCAUACAUAGAUAAGUGCAAGAAGAUGGUUGACGAGAUAAAGGCUUGUUUUGUUUUCCGACCGGAUGUUGAUGACCAGUACGCUCGUAGAUUCGCAAGUGCGUUUUUGGAUAGAGACACCUCUCAAGAAGAAACUCCCAUAGAUCCGAGUACUACCCCGUGCAGUAAACGUGUGGUGACGGCUAAUUUCAUGACAGUUUUGGACACUUUGGUCUUCCAUGAUUCUUUCUCGACAAUCAUUGAAGAGAAUAUGGAAGCGGAUGGGACAAACAAGACUCACUUGCAUAUCAAUCAAAGAAUCAUUCUCGAAUAUACAGAAGAGGCUUAUGAAUUGCCCAUGGCGGAGGUUAGAGAGAAGCAUCAGCUGAGAUUUUCUGAUCAAGUUCAUUUGUUGCUGCAGCUAGUACAACUAACUUGUUUCGCACCAGAUAUCAUUCGGGUCGUCCAAUUAAUAAUGGGAUUAGCCGUCAAAGGAGACGUCAGAAAAACCGAGGUCGAGGAGUUCACUAAGAAGUAUCUGAUUUGA